AUGCUCUGCUUGUCUGGCUGUGAGGCCACAAAAGCUGCUGGUUUGCUCUCUUUUCUCUCUCUCUUCUGUAACUUCUCUUCUAUCUUCUCUCUUGAGAAGAUCCCCACUCUCUCUUUUACAGAAGAUAUUAAGCCUUUAAGUGUUGUUGCUUCUUCUCUUCUCUCUUCUUUACCAGCUAUUACUGCUUCUCUUCUGCCAGCUCAAGCUAUUGUUAUUGCUGUUUCCUCUGCUCCAGCAGGAUUUAUGAAUACUGUAAUUCUGUCAAUCCAGUGGUUCUUUCAGGCCUGUCAUUUCAUACUGGAGCACAAGCUUUAUUCACCUGCAAAAGAGCAUGUUAUCACAAGUCUAUUCAAAGAUCUGUACUUAAUGCUGGUUUGA